CACGUGACUACCGUAGGCUGGCCAAAAUGGCAGCCUCCAGCCUGGUUCUCGUCCUGCUGGCUGUGGCUUUGGGGUCCCUGUUGCUAGUGUGGCGGGCCCGGAAACGGCCUCGAGUCCGAAGCGCGUGUGUAGUGGUACUCGGGGACGUGGGCCGGAGUCCUCGGAUGCAGUACCACGCGCUGUCUCUGGCCCAGCGCGACUUCGAUGUGACCCUGCUGGGAUACAGUGGCUCCAAACCUCAUGGUGAACUCCUAAAUAAUAAAAGAAUUCAUAUUUUGCAUAUGCCUGAAAUUAAUCGAAUUCGAGUUGGUCCCCAUAUAUUUCAGUAUGGUAUAAAAGUGGUCCUCCAGGCAGUACUCCUUCUAUAUACCUUGCUUUUAAAGACUUCUCCAGUGGUUUACAUUUUACUCCAGAAUCCACCUGGCCUGCCCAGCAUUGCUGUGUGCUGGGUUGUGUGUUGUCUUCGUGGAAGCAAGCUAAUCAUUGACUGGCAUAACUAUGGCUAUACCAUCUUGGGUCUGACACAUGGCUUUGCCCAUCCUCUUGUACAGUUGGCUAAAUGGUAUGAAAAGCUCUGUGGCCGCCUGUCAGAUCUGAACUUGUGUGUGACCAAUGCGAUGAGAGAAGAUUUGGCAAAGAACUGGAAUAUAAGAGCUGUGACUGUCUAUGAUAAGCCAGCAUCGUUUUUUACAAAUACUCCCCUAGAGACACAACAUCAGCUAUUUAUGAAGCUGGGCCAGACCUACUCACCAUUCAGAGCAAGCACAGAACCCUUGGACCCAGCCUUUGAGAGAUCUGCAUUUACUGAGCUCAAUCCUAGGAACAGGAAGGUGACACAACUUGAAGGACGACCAGCUUUGCUGGUCAGCAGCACAAGCUGGACAGAAGAUGAAGAUUUCUCCAUCUUGCUGAAAGCUUUAGAAAGGUUUGAACAAUGGAUCAUUGAUGGAACAAACCUCCCUUCUCUAGUCUGUGUGAUAACAGGUAAAGGACCUCUUAAAGAGCAUUAUGGCCAAAUCAUCAGCCAAAUGUGCCUCAAGCAUGUUCAGAUCUGCACACCAUGGUUAGAAGCUGAAGAUUAUCCUUUGCUUUUGGGAUCAGCAGAUCUUGGUGUCUGCCUCCACAGAUCCUCCAGUGGCUUGGAUCUUCCCAUGAAAGUGGUAGAUAUGUUUGGUUGCUGCUUACCUGUUUGUGCAAUACAUUUCCAGAGUUUACAUGAACUUGUGAAACAUGAAGAAAAUGGCAUGGUCUUUAUGGACUCUGAGGAGCUUGCAGCUCAGCUGAAGAUGCUCUUCUCAGAAUUUUCCAGUCCUGAUAACAGAUUGAACCAGUUCAGAAAAAAUCUUAAGGAAUCAAAGCAGCUUCGCUGGGAUGAGAGUUGGGAACGGACUGUGUUCCCUUUGUUUACUCACACUUGAACACUUUGGCUAAAGACUUGAAUUCAAUAAAUAUCUUUUAAAUAAAA